CGUGGUUACCUCACUUGGCUGACAGGACCCUCCCACUCUCAGAGCGGAACACAACAUGAAUGCAGGAAGCUACGGAGCCGGCUUCGUUGUAGAUUUGAGGAUGCGGCUUCUGUAUGUCCUGCUGCUGUCGCUGCUCUCCGCUGUGUCUGAGGGUGCAGACUCAAAAGCUGUCACCACCACCCUCACAACCAAAUGGGCUGACACACCUCUGCUGCUGGAGGCCAGUGAGUUCCUGGCAGAGGAGAGCCAGGACAAGUUCUGGGACUUCGUGGAGGCCAAUCAGAACAUAGAGGGGGAGCAUGACGACACAGAUCAGGCCUACUACGACCUGAUCAUGAAGAAAGCCAGUGCCUUGCUCAGCUCCGUCCAGAUGAACAUGCUGAAGUUUGCACUCUCCCUGAGAGCCUACUCUUCAACAGUACACUCCUUCCAACAGAUAGCGUCCAAUGAGCCUCCCCCCUCUGACUGCUCAGCCUUUUUCAGCGUCCACGGAGAAAAGACAUGUGAUGCAGCAGGUUUAGAAGUGCUGCUGAAAACUGCUCCUCAGAGGCCAAAGCCAUAUCUAUUCAAAGGCGAUCACAGAUACUCAGGAUCAAAUCCAGAUGCUCCUGUUGUCAUUCUGUAUGCUCAGUUUGGGACAACCAGUUUCCAGGAGCUUCAUGACGUCAUUACAUCCAAAGUCCACGAAGGGCAGGCAACAUAUGUGCUCCGCCAUUAUCAGGCUAAACCGAGAACAAAAAAAGUCUAUCUGUCAGGGUACGGAGUGGAGCUGGCCAUCAAAAACCAGGAAUACAAGGCAAAGGAUGACACUCAAGUCCAAGGCGCGGAGGUGAAUGCUACAGUGAUCGGAGAGAACGAUCCGGUGGACGAGGUCCAGGGAUUUCUUUUUGGCAAGCUGAAGACUGUCUAUCCAGAGCUGAAGGAACAGUUAAAGGAGUUAAGGAAACAUUUGGUAGAGAGCACAAAUGAGAUGGCACCUCUGAAAGUCUGGCAAAUGCAAGAUCUGAGUUUCCAGACAGCAGCUCGCAUCCUUGCUGCUCCCGCUGCUGAGGCCCUCAACGUCAUGAGAGACCUGAGUCAGAACUUCCCGACAAAAGCCAGGUCCAUCACUAAAACUGUGGUGAACACUGAGAUCCGCAAAGAGAUCAGCGAGAACCAGAAGUUCUUCAAAGGAACUCUGGGUCUACAGCCUGGAGAUUCAGCUCUGUUCAUCAACGGGCUGCACAUAGACAUGGACACACAGGACAUCUUCAGUGUCUUCGAGGUGCUGCGCAGUGAGGCAAGGGUGAUGGAGGGUCUACGCUCCCUGCAUAUUGAGACUCCGUUUAUCCACGACAUCCUGAAGCUCAACGUCCAGCCCUCGGACUCGGACUACGCUGUCGACAUCCGUAGCCCUGCCAUCUGUUGGAUUAACAACUUGGAGACGGACCACAGGUACAGCUCAUGGCCGUACAACGUGCAGGAGCUGCUCAGGCCCACCUUCCCAGGAGUCAUCAGGCAGAUUCGCAAGAACUUCCACAACCUGGUGAUCAUUCUGGACCCAACUCAGGAAAAUUCUGCUGAGCUGCUGAGUGUUGCAGAGAUGUUUUAUGCUAACAACAUCCCACUCAGAAUAGGGCUGGUGUUUGUGGUGUCCAGUGAAGAAGACAUAGAUGGUAUGCAGGAUGCAGGUGUGGCACUGGUUCGAGCUUACAACUACAUCAGUGACGAGGUGGACAGUCAGAGUGCGUUUGAAGCCGUCAUCUCGAUGUUCAACCGGAUUCCUAUUGGUGGAAAGUUAAGUGUUGGAGAUGUGGUGAAAGUGCUGGAGAAGAGGUUCCCUUACGUGGAGGUCAGCAGCGUGCUGGGAGCUGACUCCAGCUAUGACAACAACAGGAAGGAGGGGCGAGCAUACUACGAGCAGACAGGCGUGGGCCCACUGCCUGUGGUCAUGUACAACGGGAUACCGUACCAGCGUGAACAGCUGGAUCCGGACGAGUUGGAGACGGUCACCAUGCAAAAGAUCCUGGAGACCACGUCGUUCUACCAGAGGGCCGUCUACUUGGGUGAGCUGGCUACAGAUCAUGACGUCCUGGACUUCAUCAUGAAUCAGCCAAAUGUUGUUCCUCGUAUCAACCCCAGAGUUCUUUCCACCAGCAGAACCUACCUGGAUCUGUCCGACACCAACAACUACUUCAUAGACGACUAUGCUCGCUUCUCAACUCUGGACACCAAAGAGAAGAGCACUGCUGUGGCCAACAGCUUGAACUACAUGACCAAGAAAGAUGAUGGCUUCAUCCGUCCUGUGACCUUCUGGGUGGUCGGAGACUUUGACAAGCCCUCAGGACGUCGCCUUCUUUAUGAUGCCAUCAGACACAUGAAAACCAGCAACAACGUCAGACUGGGAAUGAUCAACAACCCGUCAGCCGCUCCAUCCGCUGAGACAAGCCGUGUGGCCCGGGCAAUCUGGGCCGCCAUGCAGACGCAAUCAGCCAACAAUGCCAAGAACUUCAUCACUAAGCUGACUAAAGAAGAGACCGCUGCUGCUCUGGAGAAGGGGGUUGAUAUCGGAGAGUUUGCAGUCGGGGGUAUGGAUGUGUCAUUGUUCAAGAGUGCUUAUGAGGGUCAGAAAUAUGACUUCCUGCUCUCCCACGCUGCCUACUGUCGAGAUGUGCUCAAACUGAAGAAAGGACAAAAAGCAGUCAUCAGCAACGGAAGAGUCAUAGGUCCACUGGAGGAGGAGGAGGUGUUUAACCAGGAUGACUUCCUGCUUCUAGAGAGCAUCAUCCUGAAAACAUCCGGAGAGCGAAUCAAAAGCAAAGUCCAGCAGUUUGGAAUCGAGGACGACAGGGCUAGCGACCUGGUGAUGAAGGUGGACGCUCUUCUUUCCUCUCAGCCCAAAGGAGACUCUCGGGUUGAAUAUGACUUUGCAGAUGACCGCCAUAGUGCUGUGAAGAUCCGACCUAAAGAGGGAAACGUGUAUUUUGAUGUCAUCGCCGUCGUGGAUCCUGCAACCAGGGAUGCCCAGAAACUAGCUCCUCUCCUAUUGGUUCUGAAGCAGCUGGUAAACGUCAACUUACGGGUCUUCAUGAACUGUCAAUCCAAACUGUCAGAUAUGCCUCUCAAGAGUUUCUACCGUUACGUCUUGGAGCCAGAGGUGGCCUUUCAGGUUGAUGGUAGUUUCUCCCCUGGCCCAUUGGCUAAAUUCCUAGACAUGCCUCAGUCCCCCCUCUUCACCCUGAACAUCAACACCCCUGAGAGCUGGAUGGUGGAGUCCGUGCACACUCGGUACGACCUGGACAACAUCUACCUGGAGGAGGUGGAGAAUAUCGUAGCAGCAGAGUACGAAUUGGAGCAUCUUUUGUUGGAAGGUCACUGCUUUGACGUGAGUUCGGGCCAGCCGCCUCGUGGCCUCCAGUUCACCCUGGGAACUGCCUCCGAGCCGGUCAUCGUGGAUACAAUCGUCAUGGCUAACUUGGGUUACUUUCAGCUGAAGGCUGCUCCAGGCGCCUGGAUCCUGAAGCUGAGGAAAGGCCGCUCUGAUGAAAUCUACAAGAUUUACAGCCACGAAGGCACCGACUCUCCAGCUGACUCUGACGACAUCAUCGUCGUACUGAACAAUUUCAAGAGCAGGAUCAUCAAAGUCAAGGUCCAGAAGAAACCAGACAAGUUCAACGAGGAGCUGCUGAGUGAUGUGACCGAGGAAAACGACACUGGCUUCUGGAAAUCUCUGACCAGGGGGUUCACAGGUGGAGGAAAGUCAGAGGAGGUGAAGCAGGAGAAGGACAACGUGAUCAACAUCUUCUCUGUGGCCUCGGGGCAUCUGUACGAGAGGUUCCUCAGGAUUAUGAUGCUGUCAGUUCUGAAGAACACCAAGACUCCUGUCAAGUUCUGGUUCCUAAAGAAUUACCUGUCUCCAACUUUCAAGGAGUUCAUCCCCCACAUGGCGAAGGAAUAUGGCUUCCAGUACGAACUGGUCCAGUACAAGUGGCCACGCUGGUUACACCAACAGACCGAGAAGCAGAGGAUCAUCUGGGGCUACAAGAUCCUGUUCUUGGACGUGCUGUUUCCUCUCGCUGUCGACAAGAUCCUGUUUGUAGAUGCAGACCAGAUUGUGAGAACAGACCUGAAGGAGCUGCGGGAUUUCGACUUGGAUGGAGCUCCGUACGGUUACACCCCAUUCUGCGAGAGUCGGCGGGAGAUGGACGGCUACCGCUUCUGGAAGUCCGGCUACUGGGCGAGCCACCUUGCUGGACGCAAAUACCACAUCAGUGCCCUGUAUGUGGUCGACCUGAAGAAGUUCAGAAAAAUAGCUGCAGGAGAUCGACUCAGAGGACAGUACCAGGGACUCAGCCAAGACCCCAACAGCCUCUCAAACCUGGACCAGGAUCUCCCCAACAACAUGAUCCACCAGGUCCCCAUCAAGUCUCUGCCUCAGGAGUGGCUGUGGUGUGAAACCUGGUGUGACGACAGUUCCAAGAGAAGCGCCAAGACGAUAGACCUGUGUAACAACCCCAUGACCAAAGAGCCAAAGCUGCAGGCUGCGGUGAGGAUCGUGGCCGAAUGGACCGAUUACGACAAAGAGGUCAAACGUCUGCAGACCAGAGUCCAGACAGGAGCAAAGCACAUAGUUGAGCAGCAAAGUACAGACCCUCACAUAGAGCUGUGAGGACCCUGCCGUGGCUGUGAUGAGGAUUGGACUGAACUCUGUUUAAAGAGUCACCUUCAUGAAGAGGCCUCUCUCCUGUCUGAGGGGGGCACUGCUGACGGACUGACCACAAACCAGUGCUCAACGGUUCAACUGUUUUUUGUCUUUUAUAAUGUGUGGAGGGGAGUUAAAGCUGGUUUUUCUGUACAUUUGAGUGCAAAUGGUGAGAAUGUUUUCUGUGAAGCGAAUCAUGAAUCUAAAUUCUAUUUUUUAUUUCAGGUAUGGUUUUGUUUUCUCUGUGUUACUUGUUGGUCUGUAUGUUUGCACUGAUUGGGGUUCUGGCUCAGGCUGUGGUUGAAGCACAAAAGGAGGAGGACUUCAUAAAAUCUCACUGCUGGUUUCCUGUGGUUUUGAUCUUAACCAAACAUUUAGUGUCGGGUGGAUUUCUGCACACUCACUGGAAUAAAAUGCUUAUGAGGCUACCAGGCCUUUUUAUGAGCUGGUAAUGGGUAUCAGUUGAUUUUUUUUUUUCUUCCUAAAUUUUUCCAGAUUUCAAAUUAAAAUCUGGAGAGAAACAUUAAUUGGCUUAUUUCAGACUUCUUAACUUGUUAUGUCUCAUAUGGCCUCUUUGUGCCAUAUAGCAGAAAGAAUAAUCAACCUAUGGGUCAAAGCAGAAAAAAACACAAUCCCUUGUUAUUCUUCACAUCUGAUCCCACUGUACGAAUAUAUAAAAAGAAAAACAUUCUACAAUUUGUUUUUUUAUUUAAUUCAGCUCAAUUGGAUUUAUGAAUUUGGGCAACAGAUAUUCAAAUUGACGUUACAUUUUUUUCAAGUACAAGUACCAAUUAAAAAUGGAUUUUUUCAAAUUCUGAAUAACUAGUCGAUAAAGUGUUUUUGUACAAUGAAGAUCCCAUAGUUCUACUUCUUCAAACUGAAGGGGAUGCUCAGAGUUAGAGUAUCAAACCUAAAUGUACCACUUUAAGGGAAUACAGGAGUAACGUAGAAAUGAACGGCCACCCUGAUAAUGUUUACAAUCAUUUGGUAAUGAAAACAGAAAGUUAAAUUAGCAGGCUUGAUUAAACCCAGUGUCUUGUAGAGUAUAAACCUCACAUUGGGCCUCAUUCACUAACAGUGUGUACACACCAAUACGUGCUUGAAGCACAAAUCUGGGAUUCAUCAAUAUAUUCUUACUUGAAUUUGUUCUCACACUACAAACAAGGUGAGAACUUCAUCAGACCAUGCGUACGCACAAAUGAUGUCAACAAGAAAAUGUAAACACAUACUCUUUUAACUAAAUGCAUGACAUAUUUAAACUACUUUCGGUAAAAUAAAAAAAACAGAUGACUGUCAUAUAGCCAUCUGGCAAAAAGAAAGGCAGAAAACUCAUCACAUUUUCUAUUUUCAAGGUUUUAUUUCAAGGUUAGCUACUAUUUUUGUUGAUAUUUUUUUUUUUAUUAUAAUGGGUAAAAUGUACUAUUUUUAGAUAACUUAAAAAAAAAACAUUCUAGAAGACAUCUCACAACCCCCCAUUUGUGUCUCGUGACCACCCAGGGGAUCCCGACCCCCACUUUGGGAACCCCUGCUCUAAGAAACGGUUGGCUCGUUGGUGAGCAUAUUUUUUGGUUUUAUUUAGAUUAAGUCUCUAGUCCCCCGCCCCCCUCGCCCCCCCAUCCACUUAAAUAUGAAACCUUUUUUUCCUAACCUGAGUCACGGUGUGAACCUCAGGAGACACAGCAUUAACAGCCUCAGUAAUUGAAACCCAGGCUUCAUUUUUUUGUCAUGGUGACUCCUGCUGAUACGCUUCAGAAAAGUGUUGGUUUUCUUGCCUCAACCUCCACAACUAUCACCUCUAUAUCUGCUGAUGUGAGCGUCUUGAUGCCCCGAACAGAUGUCCUUCUCUGGAUGAAUUGGGGCGUGGUAGUAUGCUGAUUGCAGGUUGCGGGCACGCGCCUGUCAAUUUAGAAUGAUUCUGAUUCACUAAUAUACGCACGGUGGUGAGAACAAAAUUGGCUGGUACGCACGUGUCAUGAAUCCGACGGUGAGUAGUAAGAACAUUUCUACGCAUUUAUUAGUGAAUGAGGCCCAAUGACUCUCUAAGAAAGGUGUAUGAGGCAGUGCAGAGUUUGAGAUACUUUAAGGGAAGAGCAGCCAUGACAUUCAACUUCAGCUGCAAAUGUUUUGUUUUUAUUUCCUGGUAACAUCCGGGGAUCUGUCCAUAUCCUUCUGUACUUGGCUAUGAGAUAUUUUUGUUAAAUAAACCCCCUCAAAUUAA